CGACGCUAAGCGUUUUGCACGUUGAUGCAUGGUGCUUCCUGCGCUGCCUGACCCUUUCAAUGGAUAUGUCUCACAGAACUUGAGAUCAUGCGGUCGCACACUAAAAUUAAAAUCACGCAGAAGGUAUAUCACCUGCGUUUGCCCACGGUGUUGCUAGGUUCGCCAUCUGAGUCUCUACCAUGCUUUUAUCGGUGCUUGCACUGGUCGGCCUCGCAGCGGCCUGCGGGGACUAUCACUCUCAUGCGCGCGAUACUCAUGCUGAGAAGCGAGAGUAUCCUCAGUUUCCGCUUACACCUCCGUAUCGCCCACUCGUAUGGGGUGACUUCAAUGUAAUUCACACCACCGACACCCACGGAUGGCUGCUCGGUCAUCAAAAGUCAAGCUGGCCGGAGCCGAACUAUAGUGGUGACCUUGGAGACUUCGCGAGCUUCGUAGCCCACAUGAAGCAGAUUGCUGUUGAAAAGAACGUCGACCUUCUCUUGGUUGACUCAGGCGACGUCCAUGACGGAACUGGACUUUCUGAUGGGUAUCCGCCAGGCGGCGUAGAUGCGCACGAGUCCAACAAGUUCCUCGAGCGCCUCCCUUAUGAUGUUAUGGCGAUUGGCAAUCACGAGCUAUACGUUUAUGCGGAUACCUAUGAUAUCAGGUAUACCAACUUCGUACCCCAGUUAAACGGGCGUUAUUUGUCCUUGAAUGUCAACAUCACCGUGUUCAACUCUGAUGGGGAAACUGUCAGUGUGCCUGUUGGUAAUCGCUUCGUGAAAUUUACAACUGCUAAGGGACGCCGGGUAACAUCUCUUGGUGCAUUGUAUGAUUUCACUGGCAAUUCCGUCAACACCACUGUGCAGUUCGUCGCCGAUAUGGUCAAGGAAUCUUGGGUAGGCGCGCACCAAAACUGGAAGUGUGAAAUCUUUCUCAAAGUCACCCACAUGCCUGUUUCUUACGAUAACUGGCCGGUGGUCUUCAAUGCAAUCCGUGCUGUGCAUCCGUUGACUCCGAUCCUGAUUUUCGGAGGUCACACUCACAUCCGGGAUUGCCAACAAUAUGAUGGACGUUCUAUGGCAUUGGAAAGCGGUCGCUACAUGGAAACCAUUGGCGCGAACCUUGGUGCAGCGCAGGGCAAUUCCAACAACAUUUCGUUUACUAGAAGAUACCUUGAUCAAAACCGGGUUACCUACCAGUAUCACACUCAGACAUCGAACUCAACGUUCGACACGUCUUAUGGUCGCUCGAUCACGACUGGUUUGGAAGACCUUGCAGAGCAGUUCGAUCUUUCCUAUCUAUACGGUUAUGCUCCUCAAGACUACACCUUAAGCCGAAAUCCCUAUCCAUCCAACGGCUCCGUCCUAUCCCUAUUCGUGGACGAUGGUGAAUUUACGAAGAACGACCAACUCACCGCCUUGCCGUUCACUGACUCAUUCCUCUACAUCCCGAACAUCACCUUUAGUAUUGCCAACCAGGUCUUGCCAGCGCUCAACAGCGCUGGUGCAUCGGACAAGAAGAAGCGCGCGACAUUGGAAAUGGAGAUGUGGCGUCGUGGUUACGUUGAUGACCGCUACAACGCGUGGCUGAAAGAUAUGUUCUGGCGUGCUGGUCCUGGAAGCAGAACGGAGAUGGCAGGAAACCUGACGCUCGGUUAUGUCACUACGGACCCUUGUCCAGGUUAUGGUGAUGACACUCUCCAUACUGCCGUUCCUUAUUAUUCGAGCCCUGAUUACAUUGGGUCGGCUGCACCUAACUUGACCGAUGACACAGCCAUCGACCUCGUGUUCAUUGUCACGGUUUUGAAUACUCUGCAGAACGCAAAGAACUAUACCGACCCGGUGCUGGCAAACCAAAUCCUGGAACUGUAUGCACAGGCCAAGUGGAAUUAGGGUAAUUGAUUACGGAUCACGAACACCAUGCCCAAAUCAAUGAAAAUUCAGAGUACAUACUCUUAAGCUUGCAACUCCCAAAUCGCUGCCGAUAAUCCUCAUGUUUCUGUAUACCACUGGUUUUCGUACAUCAUUAAUCAGAUACCAACGGUCGUCCUAUCGGCAGGACCGAGCGAAAGAGGGAU